AUGACGCCACUCCCAUUGCUGCUUCUCGUGGCUGUGGCUGCGCGCCCUCUGAGCGCCAUGCGCGCGCGAGGCGCGGAGAGAGAAGUGAGCCCCGGCUACCCGCCGACGGAGCAGCAGCUCCAGCGCCUGACGCCUCGAUGCCGAGAGCAGCUGCAGGGUCUGAAGGACGACUUGGUGGGAUUUUGCCUUCAGCAGUUUCCGCAGGGGGUGGCCUGCAACCUCAUGGUGGGGAUGGUCUUCGCCGGCGAGAGCAACACCUUCGCCGUGGAGAACCUGACGUCAUCUGACAAGGACUCCAUGCUUUGGGCAGGGAUGUGGGACGGAGGUGAGCCUGGCCGCACCAGCAAGAAGGCCCUUCUUCACUUCGCCAACCUCGUGGACGCCAGCACGGUCCAUCCCAGCACGAAGCUCGGGGAGAUGGUCGAGAAGCAUGGAGAUCUCCAAGCGUGCAACAACGAUCUCGCUGCACAGGUCUCUUUCACAGGCGAACGUAGGGAUGAGGGCCUGGUCCCGAACUUUUGGAAGAUGGCCAGCGAGAGAUUUGUGAAGGACAUGAAAGGAUCGUUGCAGGGCAGCGUCGUGGUCAUCGUGAACAAGGACUUGGAUCCAAGCGCUGAGCGCAGUUUCUACAAGUCGGUCCUCUACAAUUACGAGCUGCCGACGAUUGCCACGACCGUGAACCUCAACUCCUUCUAUGCGAGCUUCGACCCCUGGCACGUGCGCACGUUUGCGCCCGGGCGGAAUCAUUGGCUCCCACAGAUGCUGGUGGUGGACCUGCGCGAUACCUGCGAGGAGAUGGUCGAAUCCAUUAAGGGCAAGCUGCUCAUGGCAUGCGAAACGACCUGCGAUGUCCAAGAGUGGCUCAAGAAGAAGCCUUUGCGAUGUCUGCCUUGCGCCGCAGGUUGCAAGUUGGACCAAAGCUUCGCAAAGAAGGUAAAGAAGGAGCUCAACCGGAAGUGGUACCACAUCUUCUGA